AAAAAUUGUGUGCGCUGGAUAAAUUGUCAAAUGCGCGUAUAGAGGCAAGACGCGACUUGUCUGUUGAAAAACUUUGCUUAUCGAUUACGCACGUAACACUUGCCUUGAGCUAUUACCGUGAAAAUUUCAAAUAAAUGUGCUAACAAUAUUGCUGCUAAAGGAAAAUAACAAGGAUGAUGCUGUAGUCGAGAAGCGCAGCAACGCACAAAAGCACAGUUGAAACAAAAGAGCUGCAGGGCAGGAAGUGUCAGGAAACAGGAAGCGGGCAUAAUAGCACACACAGACACAGACGUUGUCAGAGUUGAGUGCGCCUACAAAUGAAUCCCUAUAAUGCUGCGGUCGGUGGUGCAGGUGGAGGUGGCGCGGCCAAUCCGUUUGGUACGCCCGGCUACGUACAGCCACAGCAGUCGAGCAUGGGCUAUGGCUACGAGGAACAGCCAACGGCUGGCUAUGAUCAGGGCGGAGGAGCGGGCAUCGGCUAUGGGCAGCAGCAGGCCCCUGGCUAUGGACCAGCGGGCGCUAGGCCGCGCGUCGACGUUGAGGCCAGCGGCGAAGUGGAUCCCAACUUAUAUCCGGAGGCAAAGGAUUCAACGCACAAAGUGCGCGGCGCUUCGGGAGUCCUGGAAAUGUUUUUUGGCGGCACGGAGCAGGAGCUGAUACCGGUGAAGAGCUUUUACUUUUUCUUCUAUGCGGCAUUCGGAUCACUGUUCCCGCUGAUGGGCGUCUACUUCAAGCAGAUGGGCAUGAAUCCCGGCCAAUGCGGCAUACUGGUUGGCAUGCGGCCCUUCGUCGAGUUCCUCUCGGCACCAUUCUGGGGCUCCUAUGCGGAUCGCUGCCGGCAGGGCAAAAAGCUGCUGCUCGCCUCUCUCGCCUGCUGGGUGCUCUUCACCAUACCGUUGAGCUUUAUACGCCCGGAGGCCGUCAACUGCAUCGAGCGCCGCAAUGCCACCGACUUUGUGCUCACCUAUACGCGCUCCAAGCGCGACACCUCAGCCAUGUACGAGCCGAUUAGUCAGCUGGAGCACGAUCAGGCCGACUACGAUGACAAUAUGCUCGCAGACGAGGCCGACGAGCAGGCGGAGGCCGAAUCGGAAUCGGGGCACAGUAGACACAAGAGAUCGCUGCUGCUGCCACGCAUCGAUGCGGGCAUUUCGCCGGUGCACAUCAACUUCGUGAGCAACUACGAUGACAAGCACCAUCGGGAUUAUGUGACGCCCAUCUUCAGCUCCAUGGUGUACCGCACGCCAGACAUUCAGAAGGCAUUCUUUUUGCUGCUGUUGGUCAUCCUGAUUGGUGAGUUCUUUAGUGCUCCGGCCAUAACACUGGCCGACUCGGCGGUCAUAACGCUUCUCGGCGAGGAUGCGGAUAAGUAUGGACAUCAGCGCAUGUUUGGCUCGCUCGGCUGGGGAAUUUCAAUGUUUUUGGUGGGCAUUGCCCUGGACCACUCCACCUCGUUCUCGAAUCAUCCAUGCGGCGCCGGCAACAAGGAGAAGAACUAUAAUAUUUGCUUUUCAAUUUUCUCGGUGCUGAUGACCUGCGCCAUUAUCUCGGCCUCGAAGAUCACCUUCAAGUACGAGCCCAUCGAUGAGAGCCAGCAGCAGGCAUCGGCCCAGUUCGUGGAUCCCAACAAAAAGGCCGAGGAGGAGUCGAUGAACCAGCUGGCCGCCCAGCUCAAUUUACCAUCACUGGCUGUGGGUAGCGGCAGCGCCGCUUCAGGUGCCUGCGCUGGCGGCGUCAGCAGCUUCAAUGCUGCCGGCCAUCAGCCGCAGCCGCACAUUGGCGCCGAGUCCAAGGUGUUUGCACAGACGGCCAAGGAGCUGCCCGAGUGGGUGACGGUGCUGACACAUUUUAAGGACCUUAAGACCGCCUCGUUUCUGUUUGUCGCCUGGUUCAUGGGCUUCGGCAUUGGCCUGAUCUUCACCUUUCUGUUCUGGCAUUUGCAAGACUAUGGCGGCACGCCCACGCUUUUCGGCGUCGCCUCCGUCAUCAAUCACGUGUCCGAGAUCUUUGCCUAUUUCUUCAGCUUUCGCCUGAUCACCCAGAUUGGGCACGUGAAGGUGCUCUGCCUGGGCCUGAUGGGCAAUGUGUUGCGCUUUCUGUACAUCUCGUAUUUGACCAAUCCAUGGAUGGUGUUGCCCUUCGAACUGAUGCAGGGCAUUACACAUGCCGCUGUGUGGGCCGCCUCGUGCUCCUACAUUGCUCACAACACGCCCAAGCAUCUGCGCGCCUCGUCGCAGGGCGUACUCCAGGGCAUCCAUCAUGGCUUAGGUCGCGGCUGCGGUGCCAUCAUUGGUGGUAUGUUUGUCACCUACUACGGUACUACUGCUACCUUCCGUUGGUAUGGUAUCGCUUGUCUCUUCGUGCUCGGCCUGUUCAUCUUCAUCAACUUCUACCGCAAGGAGCAGGGCUUCAUAUCGGAAAUACCCGUCACCGAAGAUCCCCAUCAGGUGGCCGAAGAAACUUCCCAUUUGGCUCCACAUGGCGUGCCCAGCAAUCCCAUACCACGGGCUCUGUCCAACACGCGCUUGAACGAGAUGAAUCCAAAUGGAGGACCGUAUGGCACCUAUCAGACCACAGGCGGCAACCUGGACAUACCCGGUGCCAGUCCACACAAUCCGUUUGCACAGUAAACCCAUGUGACUUCCCCCCAGUUAACAAAUAGUCCUCGCAUACAAAACACCGUCAUAGAACCAGUAAGAGUGCUCUAGUCGGUAGUGACUGACUAGAAGAUACCCUGUACCCAGCAUCGAGAUGCCGUAGCAAUCAUACGAGCUUCCUUUUAAAUUAGUAAAUUUAAACUCUACUUUUAGCCCCGCA